AUUUUCUCAAAAAUGCAUCGUCUUUUUCAAAAAGAACGAGAGAAUUUUAUAAGAUUAUUGGGAGAAGAUCAUUUAGUGAUUGACGUAGCUUUAAUUUAUAGUGUUGAUCGGUCCUCAAUAUACCGUUUAAGGCGUAUAUAUCACCGGAAAACGCCCUACUUGCAUGGAGGAGGUAAUCAAAAAAAAACGGGGCGAAAGACAUUUAUUGCAGGAAGUAAGGCGAAGGAGGACCCUUUCAUCCAGAACCUUAAAUAAAAGCUUACGGCGGCACAGUAGCAUAAUAGCAUACAAACAUACUGCAAGAAGAACUUUAAAUUAUAAUUUGUUCAGGAUGGUCCAAAGAUCCAAAAGAUUCAAUAUCAAAAAUUGAGAAUCUGACACAGCCCCAAACUUUUCUAAGAAAACUGACUUCCUUUGCUCACCCUGUAUAAGUGGAGAAAUAAAAGAAAUAUAGCGACCGAA